CACUGAGGUUUGACAUCUAGUGUGCGCCGCACGUGUCGGUUUGAAAGUACGCGGCCAGUGUUUUGGAAACCUCCGCCAUGUGCGUGAGGUCUCACGUCACCGCAUGUAAAGCAGACCCUCAGAAGGACCAGUCACACGCCAGAAGGACUGGUUUCGCCGAGGUGCCAUCAUUCAUGGCUACAGGAGAGCAAACAGCAGUGGAAGCGCACUCACUCAGAGGCUGACAUACUUUCGUUUGGAAUCGUUUCGGGCGUUUUGUUAGAAACACUGAAGUGAAGUGGAAGUAUAUAAUUCUUCACCUGGCAAGCAUACUCAUACUGCGUGAAGGAGUUAGAGCAUUUGUGGAUCUCUUAGCAGCCCAUCGGGGCGCUUACUCAAAACGCGUUUCAUGAUACCUUCGGGAAGCCGCGGAGCAGACCCCCUGCUCUCAUUGUAAGUCUUUGGUGAAGAAAAUGAACGUCACCACUUCUCCCUCGGCCCCGCAGGAACGGAGGAUAGGAGAAGGAGAAAGAGAGUCACCGGAUGCAGGAGCAGAAAAAGCAGGACUUGUUUGUUUGUUAGAGGGACACCUUCAUGAAGAAGAAAUGUCAGGUUUUUACGCCCCUGUCGUGAAGGGACCCAGAGCCAAGCCUAGACUGCAGUCUGCAAAGGCUGUGCUCUCCACCAGUGCUGAUGUUGUAGAGGAGGAACCGGACACCAUACACACAUAUGGACACAUCAGAGGGGUCACACACACACCGACAAACACAGGGGAGAUCACACACACACCUGCGGACACCAGAACGGCCGCACAACUGCCACAAACAAAUACAUCAGCAACACACAACACAACACACACAGAGGAGACAAACACAUCGACGCAUGCUGCAUCACACACAACCCCAGGCCACUCCACACAGGAAGGCCAGAGACUUGGGGAGGAGGAUGGAAAUGGAAGGGCAGAAGUGAAAGAAGAAGGAGAAAGGGAGAAAGAAGGAGGGAUGCAGUGGAUUGAGAGAAAGAAGUUGCAGAGGAGAAACCUGUGGAAGCUGAGAGAUGGAGGGAUGAAGGAGAGGUGCAACGAAGGGAGGACAGGAUGGCCGCGCAGUGGCAGCCAGGAGAGGACGUUGAGAGAACGAGAGAUGAGGUGGAAGAGAGGAGAAAAGAUGUCGACCCAGGAUGAACAGAUGCUGAAAGACGGCAGCAGGGAGGAAGAAAAGGAGGGAGAGAGAGAUGAGGAGAGGAGUGCGGGAGAGGCGCAGAGGAGGAGGGAGACGACAACCCAUCAGCACAUCCUGUCCCACGUGCUGAUUCACUCGUCUGCCUCUUCUUCAUCCUCUUCCUCCUUCAACUGCUCCUCUCCCGAGAGUGACGAGGUGUUCAGCGAAGGAGAGGAUACCACUGCUCGCAGUAAGAUCAUGAAGAGGUGUCGAUCCUGGAGGACCUUCCUGACCAUGAUGCAGUGGUCCAAGCGCAGGCAGAGUUCCUGGGUCCAGCUGGCUGGCCAUCAAGGUAACUUCCAGCUGAGUGAGGGCGGUGAGGUCUUGAAGCGCUGGAGUGAGCCAGAGGGGGCGUGUCUCACCCUGCUGAUGUCAGACGCUCUGCGGGACUUUGUGCCUCGGUACUACGGGCCUCUGAGUCGCCACGGCAACAUCUACCUGCGGCUGGAAGACCUGCUCAGUGGCCUCAGCAACCCGGUCAUCAUGGACUGCAAGAUGGGAAUACGAUCGUAUUUGGAAGAGGAGAUAGCCAAGGCAAGGACUUGCCCCAGCCUGCGGAGCGAUUUGUACCAGAAGAUGGUGAAAGCAGAUCCAUCCGUGCCUGUGGAGGAGGAACACGCUCAGGGUGGCGUAACCAAGCUGCGGUAUAUGCAGUGGAGGGAUACAGUCAGCUCCACCACUACUAUGGGCUUUAGGAUCGAAGGCAUCAUGCUGGAAAAUGGGACUGUGUUGCGGGACUUCAAUAAGACCCAGAGUUUAGCACAACUCAUAGAUGCCUUCCUAACCUUCACCAAGAGCAAACUCCACAUCCUGAGGGCGUACCAGUCCAGACUGCAGGCUCUGAGGGAGGCCCUGAGGGAUUCUGAGUUUUUCCGCACACAUGAGAUGAUUGGCAGCUCACUCCUCUUCGUCCACGACAGCUCCGGCAAGGCUAACGUCUGGAUGAUUGACUUUGGCAAGACCACGCCCACUCCAGAAGGGGUGCGCCUGCAGCACGACGUCCCGUGGGCCGAGGGGAACCGGGAGGACGGGUACCUCAUCGGGCUGACCUCCCUCAUACGGCUCCUGGCCGAGGCCAUCAGGCAAACCCGGGGCAGCGGCCUGGAGCGCUCAGACUGGCAGACGCUGGCUGGAGACUGCGAGACUGAGGAAAUGCAGUAUGAGCAGGAUGACAGGAUGAGCCACACACAGUGACCUCUGUAGUCACAGGGAGCAGAGUUCCGCUAAGGCAGGAGGCAACUAACGCCAGAAAAGAUCAGCCUGCUGGGGUCAGGAACUGAACUGAACUUCUGAGAACAUUUCACACAUCUGUGUAAAGGGAAGGGUGUAGACGGUGGACCUGUUCUCACAAACACACACCAACGCGCCUAUUUGACUGUUAGUGUUUGUGAUGAGAUUUUAUAUUCUGUUCCUUUUUUUAUACAGCUGUUAGAUCGAAUUGAGAGAGACUUUGUGAUAGUGAGUGUGAAACUAAUUUGUUGAAUGUAGGCUAUUGCAACUUUCAGUGUAACAGUAUUAAAUUAUUAUUAUUUAAAAAUGUUUAAAUAGUAAGCUACUGA